UCUAUUUCUCGCCAAAUUCCGUGUGAUAUAUUUCCACAGAAGCAAAAAGUACUUUUACUAUUUUUACAUCUCUAUAGGAUUUCCCUUGAAUCUAUGCAGUUUGUCUUUGAUCUUCAGGGUUAGCCUUAACAAAUAAUUAUUUAUUGAGCGCAAAUCUACGUUGUGUAAUAUUACAAAUAUUACAUAAGACGGACACGAACGAGCGAUUGAAACAAUGAAAAAUUAAGCGGUAAAUAUAAAUAACUAACUAACAACACGUGUACAUGUACAGUAUUUGUAUAUACGAUUAUGUAAUACGACUAUUAUCGAUGUAUAUCCAUUUUUAUUUUGAUAAAAAAAAAAAAAAAAAAAAAAAAGUUACAAAUAUGUUAAUAAAAGUAUAGUAGUAUAAUGAUAUAAAUUUUCUUUUUCUAAAUAUAUACUUUUAUAUAAAUCGUAGUAAUGAAAAUCGAUGGUACAUAAUCGUAAGAUAAAAAAGAGAGAAGAGAAGAAAAGAAAAGAAAAGAAAAAAAGGGCAUAAUAUAUGAAUAAAUUAUACGUAUAAUUGAUAUGUAUCUUGAAAUGUAACUGUACAUAAUAUGUUUUGUAGGAAGAAAUGAUUGUUUAAAACAUUAUGUCUUCUUGAACCAGAAUAAUCAAUAAUCGGACCUAUGGUUUAGAUGGCAGUGCAUUCUUGUUAUGAGACACUCUUUUAGUGUCUUACAAAUAUCAGCAAAAAUUCGUGCAUUCGAUCUAAUAUAUCGUACAGCUCAAUUAAUUUCAUUAUUACGAGAAUUAUUCUGUAAGGUAUAAACUAUAAAUUUAACAUUUUACCAUUAUUAUAAUUUUAUGGAUAUUAUAAUAAUUGAAAAAGGAGACAGUAAGGAAAUUUAAUUGUCUAGAAAAAGUCACAUAAACGUAACAAAUAUUCAAUCAGUUUGAAUAAGCGUAAAAAUAUAAACAUAAUGUUGCAAACAAAGGAAAAUAUGCACUACUUGUUCGAACACAUAAUGACUAAUUGUAAACUCUAUUUGCGCACGUAAGGAUUUCAAACGAACGUUUGAAAGAAGAUUGUUUCUGGUGAGAAGAUAAAAGAGCUUCCUUAAAAAAAUAUGGAAACACAGGAGGAUUGCUCGGUUCGAAGGGGCCAACUGGUGCAACGAUAUCCAAAUGAUUAUAAAAACGACGGACAUGCUUCACUUUGUGAGUAUCUGUUAUAGCAACUUUUUCGACAAGCUAUUUUUACUAAAUUUCUCUUCUGUUGUUGUUGUUAUUAUUAUCAUCAUUAACAAAGCAAUGAUGAUGAGCCAAGCACAGUAUAUGAAUACUGGAAGAGCUACUGUGCGCAUAGCAGUAUACCUAAUGACUGGAGUAUUUGUAACAAUGGAAGUUGAGCAAAGCUCGACCGCACAACAAAUUUUAACUAUAGUACAAACGGAAGGAGAAUUAGGAUUGGCAAGAGCUCCGCCUUUAAUCGGGCAGCCAGUAUUUGCUUUAUGGCUAUGCUCAUCCCAAUUGGAGAUUCAAUUAAGACCGAAUCACAAGCCAAUAGAAUUAGCCGCCAAAUGGAACCGUUUAGUUAAAAAAUAUGGUUCGCAAAGAGAUGGAACCGACGAGGAACCUUUAUUAUACUUUCGCAGGAAUGUGUUUCUUUCUAGAUACGACGAAGAGCAAAUAAAGGAGGCUAAAGUACUUGAACUGUUGUAUGCAGAAGCAAGGCACAAUGUUUUACAAGGUAGAUAUCCAUGCGAAGGGCAAGCACGAUAUGCAAGCUUAGGAGCAUUACAAGCACGUAUUGAAAUAGGCCCGUAUAACUCACAAACACACACAUUGGCAUUUUUUAGAAGGCACCGAGGAAAAUUUUUACCACAUCAUUACACAUCACCGAGUCUUUUAUUAGGAUUAGGACUUGGAUUAGGUUUGGUGGGAGGUAAAGGAGCACCAGAAGCACGCCUUUUGGAACAAUAUAAACGAAUACCUAAUCAUACUGGGGCGAAUACAAAUCCAAGAAAACUUAUUAGGAAGUAUCUUGAAUUUUGUUGGGGCCUACCUUGUUAUGGUGCUGCCUUUUUUCAAGGACAAAUUGAACGUCCUGUGAGAGGACUAGCAUCAUGGAUUACGAAUCGUGACUUACAAGUCCUGAUUGCUAUCAACACCUCGGGAGUAUACAUUGUAGAUGAUAUGCAAUGUAGUCUUCUAUUAGGAUUGAAAUACUCGGAAUUAAGUUGGGAAAUGGCAAAACCUUCCGACGAAAGAAACCCCGAUUGUCUGCCCUGUUUGUUUCUACAAUUUCCUGUUAGAGAAAAUGGUGCACGCGUUUAUAAAAUUCUACAAGUAUUCUCGAGACAAAUAAUACAUAUGUAUCAGGCAAUAAUGAUGGACACUUUAAUUUCUGGUUUUGCCGAGGAAAAUCGCAAUCACAGUUCUCACAAUGAUGGUACAAAUAGCGAACGUCAAUUGGAUCAUUCUGCAACUACUACCUACAGUACUGGUAGUUUUACGAAUAAACUUAGCAAAUUUACUUUGGCAACGUUUGAUGAUGAAGGUCGAUGCAUCGGGCAAAUGGGUUCUUGGUCUUUCCAAUAGUCUUCACUUCGAAAUAAUGCGACAAGUGACACAUACGCACGCAUGACGCAGCAGCCACGCGCGCACGCAUCAUCCACGUACGCACGCACGCACGCACGCACGCACGCACGCACACACACACGAAAAGACAAAGUAACAUUUAUCUAUAUAAAUAUAAAAGUUCCUUAUUGUUUUUAACUUACUGUUAAUAUAUGUUGUUACUUGUAGAGACUGGAAAGACGUUCGUCUUCCUGUAAAAGCUCUACUAGCAUUUUAUAUCGUAUAGGAACUAAAUUCUUAUGACGUUCUAACUUUAUAUCCAACAACUGCAGAUUAAAGGUUAUUUCGUUGCUUUUUGCUAUAAACUCUUCUUCUUCCUCCCGUGUUAAAUCUUCAUUCUAAAUAAAAAAUAUUACAAUUGUAUUACAUAUAAAUAUAUUUACGGAUUAAUAAUAUAACCUUUGAUCAUGCAAUGUUAAUACCUGUGUUAGUAACAUUUGCAAUUCAUUCAGUUUCUGUGUAAGUUUUUCAGAUUGACGUAAAAUAAGAUUCCCUUUAUCCACCUCUGAUUGCUUAAAAUCAUUUAGACAAUCUUCUCGUAAUAGAUAUGCUUGAGCUUUACUUAUCUGCUUUGGAUUUCCUAUUCGUGCCAAGUACGGAGCCAAGUGAUCAGGAGGUUUUGCAAUGUCUUGCGAAGAAGAUAUCGUUGUUGUAGCCUGCAUAAAAUUUAGAUGAGUAUUUUUUAUAUACCAAUAAUAUAUGAGACAUAUUCAUGGGAAUACCUUUAUAGAUUUUCCCGUAUCAAUUCUAUUUCUGUCGAACGAAGAAAUCAUUAAAUUUGGACUUAAAUAUUCGCUCGUUCGUCUUUUUAUAAAUAAAGAAAUUUCAGUUUCGGCAUCUCUGAUAUUAGAUACACAUUGGUCUUCCUCCUUUAAUAAUUUUUCUAUUUCAUAAAAUAGAUGUAAGCUUUUUUCAGGCGGUGACAUAAUAUCCGACUGCACAACAAUAAAUGAAAAGUACCAAUUUUAUUAGCGAUUAUUGAAAAGAAUAUGAUUUGGGGAGCGAUAACGUUAAGUUAACGUUAACGUUAAAGAAAUAUUUACGUUGUAUCCUUGAAUGAUAGCGGUAUGAAUAUUAAGAUGUUCUCCUGUUUCUGGCUUCUUAUAUACCCGUAUAGCUCUUGUGAUUCUUUCUUCUUCAUAAUGAAAUUUCAGAUGUAUCUCUUUUUCCGUUAAAACAAAUUCACGUACAGCAAUAUCUCUAGAUGCCGGUAGUACUUCAUUCCUAUGAUAUUUUUCAGUUAUCGUCUAAAUAAAUAAAUGUUUAAGUAGAUCAUUUUUCAAGAACAUAUUAUCAUUCACUAUCAGACAUAAAAACUUACUUGAAUAUAACGAUAAUGUAUUCCUUCUAUUGUAGAUUCAUCUUUAUACGGCGAGAACUCGGCGUUCCUGAGUGCCACAAAAUAUUGACUAUUAUAUUGCCAAAUGUUAGAAUCAUUGCUUACAAAGAUAGAAUGUGGCCUUACCUGUAGUACAGGAGAUCUUCACGAUUAACAUAAUAUUGUGUUAAACGGAAAGGAUACAUAUGGAUUUCUGAUAAUCCAUCAAGACGAACCAUGUCAUAGAAGCAUAAUACUCUUUCGCUAAAUACGAAUGAACUAUUGUCGUGAUUAUAAUAGCGAUGUUCUAAAAAUUCUCUAUUAUUAGAAAAUAUUAUGGAAUUGAAAGAAAAUCUAUUUAGGUAUCAAUUACCUUUACAUGCAUCAGAGCGACCCCUUUCAUAGUAAUCGAUAAUAUAAUUGGUAUUCAAGUUUCUUCGUGAUUUUAUUAAAUUAUCGCUCCUAUUAGCAUAUUUUUCAUAAAUUUCAAUCGGAGUUGUAUACUCAUAAUCAUCAUAUAUUGUUAGUUUUUCUAUUAUUCCAUCUGACUGCGUAUAAGGAGCAUACAAAUCUACUUUAACUUUCUUGUAAAAUAUUGUCUUAUGACCUCGAGGAUAUCGCCUCUCAAAAUCUAUAAACGGAGCAACUUUGUGUUAUAUUGUGUUGCUGGGGAGAAAAAAAGAAGGAUACAAAUCUGCGUAAGAAAGUAAUGAAACAAAUCGCGUAUGAAAUCAUAAAAAUAUUAUAGGCUCGAUCGAUAUAAUCACCUAAACUAUUUAUGUAUAUUUCAUUUACAUAGGAGGAGGGCAUAUCUAAGUGUUUCUCCCGCUCUAUCUCAAUAUUUAAUUCUUCGUUUAGAUCAUCCUCAACGUCCGGCAUAAUCCAUGAUUCGCCAGGAAGUAGAUGCUCCCAUAGCUCCGUUAGAGUUAAAUUCCAAUUUAUUUUGUCACAACCGAUCGUCGAAUCCUGCUGCAUAUUUAUCCAAUAAUUUUGAUCAUUCCAGAUACUUUCUACACCUAGGUAUAAAAGAUUAGUUCGAGGAUCGAGCAGAUCGUACAUUUCUCCGGACGAGGGCUCGAUAAAGAAUGGAUUUUUAACUUGUCUUUCUUUCAUAUUAUUAAGAGCAGGUAAGACGACGACCCAUGCAUGAACUCUAUAUCCAUAAUAUUUAUCUGGUGGUGGUUUUUCCAAUUCCUAAGCAUCAUGAUAAAUAUAGAACUGUUAUUACGUAUUAUUUCUGUUAAAGAAAAAAAAAAAAAAAAAUACAUACAAUUAUAAUUCUAGCUUGCUUUUCUUCUUCCUCUUGGACUUCAGUUUCCAGUUUAAGCUUUUCUCUGGCAUCCAGUUUCAAUAAAAAUUUGCUUCUAAAAUCCGCCGGAGGUUUCAAUUUAUACAUUAAAUUAACAUCUUCUUCUUUCGACAGUUUUAAUUCUUUCAAAUCUUCCGGUAAAUACGGGCAGGAGAUUUUGGUUCUAUUGUAUUGAACUUGUUCGCGGGAUGCAUAGCCAAAAACUACAAAUGCAUUAUAUCCUUGUCCUAAUAGGAGACUCGUCAAGAACGUUGCACACUCGAAACUGUUACCGCUGCGAAAAUUGAUUAACCACGAUGGGGAGCGUAGGAUUGCUGGCUGAGAAAUAAUAAAUUAAUGGAGAACAUAUUAUUAUUAUUAUUAUUAUUAUUAUUAUUAUUAUUAUUAUUAUUAUUAUCAUGCGAUUCUAUGACGUGUGUCUCUUCAAGAUCUUUCGAUUAUUACCAUUCAAGAUUUGGAGAGAAAAAUAUACAGAGGAUUCGUAUAAAUCAAAAAGCGCGCGAUAAGAGAUGAUCAUUAGGUGACGCCAUCUAGAAUAAUUAUCAUCAUCUAGGAUAAUCAUUAUUGCAUAAUGGAGGUCAUAUAUGACAAUGGUUCAAAUGUCUAGUUAAUAAUAUUUCAUUCGUAUUAACGAGCCCAUAUUAUCAGCGGAUAAGAUAGAUUACGAUAGGUAAAUGGAUAUUUUAUAUGGUAUUAGAAUUAAUCGGUGGUCGGUAACGUAGAAGACAUUGCCGACGUAAAAGCAAUAGAGAAAGAAACGAUGCUGCAUCGUCGGUAAGUAGGGGACAGUUUAGUGAAAACGACAGAAGUAAUAAUAACAAUACCAAAGAGUAAAUAUGGGGCACACAGAGUGAGCGAGGGCGAUCAUCGAAGGCGGGAGGGGUGAGUAACUCGAAGCGAAAUGCGUCGUCGAGCACAUGGCAAGCGGCCUGCGUAUCUUCCCUGUUUCCUGACCUACGCUAUUGUAUUAUGAUCUAUGCGCUUGGAAUAUAUAGCGCCGCUUGCGCGCUGAAAGAAUGUUUAGACCAGACGGAGAAAAAAGUUGGAUAGUAAUAUAAACUUGUUGUGUGUAUCGUGAACUCACGAAAUCGAUUCAAAAUCUUUGUUCGUUCGUUCUUACAGAUGACAAGCUACGUGAUAAAAGAAUAAUACCAAGCUUAUCAAACGGUAAUUUCUGCAUGUUCAACGAUUAAAAAAUUAAAAAAUAUUUUUAACAUUGCGUCACGACGCGAUAGCGAAAAGUUAGACGUGACGAAACGUCACGGAGAGGGAAAUUUUUUCCAAGAAGGAGAUUUUUCAUUUUUCGACGUAAGCCCGAGAGUAAAAAGAGAGAGACUAGAAAGGGGAUGUUCGUUUAGGUUGGAAAGCAUUGGUCAGUGGGUGGCAAUGGCAAAGCUUUUCCGAGCCCUUUCGAGUCCUUACGGAGCCCUUCGGAGUCCCUCGCGUUCGCGAUCGGUCGGCCGCCUCCGCCACCGUCGCUGCCUCUUCCUCGAACCUCCGCUCCCACCUUCGCCUUCGCCUCCAACUCCUCCUUGCGUCACCCUCAUUCCACGCGCGCGACCCCUUCGACCAGCACCCACGUGCUGCCGCUGCCGCUGCUGCUGCUGCCGCUGCCGCUGCUGCUGCUGCUGCUGCUGCUGCUGCUGCUGCUGCUGCUGCCGCUGCUGCUGCCGCUGCUGCUGCCGCUGCUGCUGCUGCUGCUGCUGCUGCUGCUGCCGCUGCUGCUGCUGCUGCUGCUGCUGCUGCUGCUGCUGCUGCUGCUGCUGCUGCUGCUGCUGCUGCUGCUGCUGCUGUUGCUGCUGGGUCGCGCAAGACGAGGGUGUGAGGUAGCAGACUACGCGGAGAGAUACCGCCGCGUCGCGCGGCAGCUGCGCUCAGUGUCUCUCAUUCAUCGACUCUUCGUUCUUUCCUCUAUUUUAAUCAUACAAAUGUUUCCCAAAACGUUCCUUAUUUUAUUCCUUCAAGUACAAACCUUAUGAUCUUCGAAACUAUUUUACGACGCACCAAUCAAUCCAACAUUAAUAUAUUUUUUUAAUAUAGCGAAUAACUUUUAGACAUUUCCUUAUAUUGUGUUUCCUCAUGGAAACACACUUUUCGCCACAUCAUUUUUAUUUCUAUAACAUGACAUGUAAAAAACAUAAACUCGCAACUUUCUUCUUUUUGUUUUUGUUGGUCUUUGCUAAUAAUCUAAUUAAAUACGUUGUAUCUUCGA